AUGCCGUAUGGAUUGCGUCUGCCAAGUAGUGACCAAGUAUUUACAGUUUCAGAAGAUCAGGCGAACAACCCUACGAUGCCCCGACGAGAUUUUCACACUGGAAGGCGAACACUGACUAUGGUCACAGCUAGCGCUAACGGCAGAAAAGCGUUUCUCGUUGAUACCCUCGCACUUGUGAGAAGAUUAGAGGCAGAAGGGUUGACGGCGAAGCAAUCCGAGGCUAUCACGCAUCUCAUCACAGAAGUUCUCCAUGAGAGCCUCGAUACAGCCGCGCACACUUUCGUCUCAAAGUCAGAGAUGCAAAAGUCGGAGAUGGUGGCGGAGGCAGCCAUGGCCAAGGUCAAGACAGAAAUUCAAAGCCUCCAGGAUUUGAAGUUUGCUGGAUUGACCCGGGAGGUUGAAGGGCUCAAGACGGAUUUGGACAAAGUAAAGAAUGAAAUACGGUACGAGGUGGAUAAGGUGACAGCAGGACAACGUCUUGAUCUGAACCUGGAAAGAGGGAGAAUCAAAGAAGAGAUCACAGCUCAAACGCAGGAGCUCAGCAGCUUGUCCAACAAGAUGGAUAGGGAGGUGAACACAUUGAAGGCGGAGCUAGAAGGCGCCAAGUUUGAGAUUAUCAGAUACUGCAUAGGUACCCUAGUUUCAGUCAGUGCUAUUGGGCUAGGUAUUCUUCGCCUGGUCCUGUAA